CUUCGCGUCAUGACUAGUUGACCGAAGUCGAAAGUUGCCGGAUAAGGUAACAUUACUAGUGUAACUGUGAACAUGUAAGAUAGGGUCAAGAUGAACACGGCACUGAAACACUGGAGGGAGGCAGCGACGGUGAUCUUGGCGGCCGGGCUGAGACACGGUCAGAGCGCUGACUCUCUUAAAACGGGUCUGGAGAAAGUCACAGACAUAGCGCACAAAUCCGCCUUUGAUUAUGAAGUGCUACUGCUGAAACGGAGCGGUAAAAGCGGGUUCAUGCCCAACGCCUACGUGUUUCCCGGUGGGCUGGUGGACGCGUCCGACUUCUCCAGUGAGUGGCAGGAGAUCUUUAAAUCCUUUAUGAAAGCGCCCAACUACGGCAUCGGAGUCGUGAAGCAGUCGCCGGAGACCAGGCCACCCAUUUUCGCCACCGACAGAGCGAAACUGGGAUCACCGAUCCCGGGAGAUGUGGCUUUCAGGAUAUGUGCGGUGAGAGAGACGUUUGAAGAGUCAGGUGUGCUCCUGGCGGUUCCCAAACAAGAGGAAAGCGGGAUUCGCGGACACACAGACGAUGCUCGUAGUGACGCCCAGCCCGCCUUGACCAGACUGAGCGGACUGUGGGACAACGACGUGCUGUCAAAGUGGAGAUCUCUGGUUAUUGGUAACUCGGCAAAUUUUAUUAAGAUGUGCAAGGAGUUGGAGUGUCUGCCCAACAUCUGGGCUCUACACGAGUGGGGCAACUGGCUGACUCCCAUAGGCUUGUACGGCAAACAGAGGCGCUACGACACAGCCUUUUACAUCUGCUGCCUGAACGAGACUCCACAUACGCUUCAAGACGAGAAAGAAAUAGUUCAUUUUAAGUGGUCCACUCCCUCUGAAGUGCUGCACAGCUAUAAAUUAAAGGAAAUGUGGAUCGCUCCACCUCAGUUCUACGACCUUGGACGAAUGUGUCGGUUUUCAUAUCUCAAAGAUCUCCAUCGCUUUGCUUGGCAGAGGUCUUUAGAAGGUUGCGAGCAGUGGCUGCCUGUUUAUCUGAAGGCGUCUGACUGCUUUGCAAGCAUUUUACCAGGGGAUGUUCUGUACCCCAAAAAUGUGGACCCUACUGGAAAGAGUGGCGGCAUGAUGAAAACUGAGAAAAGCCUUGAAGAGCUCCAGCAGGACAGCGCAAACCUGCACCGCAUUGUUGGUCAGGAUUUAUAUUCAAUAUCUGUCCAAAUGAACAUCACACCCAAGUAUAAUCACUUGUCUCCUCUCUGCGGUACAGAUGUGGACAACCCCUCCAAAAACCAUAGUAAACUCUGAUACUUACCUGUCAGACAGUGGCAGGAUUGAAGGACAGAAGCUCCACAUGGAUUUUUUUUAAUCGGCUUAUUUCUACCUACUGAUGUGGUGUUUGAGCUGUGCAGUGUAGUUCAGUAGACCAAUUUGGAGUAGAUGUCAGAGUUACAUCACUUUCAGUUGCACGCACAUUGUGGUGGCAGAAAAGCACUGGUAACAAGUAGAGGAAAAUGGAUAGAAUCCAUGGAAUAAGAGGAAAAAAAUGUAUUGUGCCUUUGAAUGUCAGAAUCAGAAGAAUGGGGCAGCCAUGGCUCGGACUUGUAACCCGAAAAGUUGCAGGUUCGAGUCCCAGAUCCGGCAGGGAUUGAAGAUGGGGGGAGAAAAUAACCAGCACACUCUCCAUCCUCAAUACCAUGACUGAGGUGAGUCCCUUGAGCAAGGCACCGAUCCCCCAACGCAGACGUUUAAACGGACAGACUACGGAUGAAACUGCUAUGAUUACUCUACUUUAAAAGCAUAAAUUUGAUAUAAACAAUAGGUCUACAUAAUAUUCACAUAUGCAGUGCAUAGGGGACAUUAUAUUAGCCUCAGUUACAGAAUGAAAUACUAAUGAAAACAAUAACAUUUACCCUUUUUUUCCCCCUUGCAAAUUCAAGUUUACGUCUUCUAGUUCAGACUUUAUAACUCAAUUUACCUCAACAAUAGAAAGUUUCAAUUCUGAGGAAAAAAAGCCAGAAGCGUGGGAUAUAAACUCAUCAGAACUGAGAGAUACAGUCUCAGAAUUGUGAUGAUAAAGUUGGAAUUUUAAAAUGUAGACUAAAAUUUACUUUUUAAAUUGUUUUACUCCAUGACUUCCAUAGAAAGCUACUUGAAACUGUCAUUUUCUGCCACCAGAUAGGCUCUGCCCACAAAAAAAAAAAAAAAAAAACACUGUUUGCAAACACCAAAUUGGUGUAUAUGUGGUCUACCUAACUUUUGUCAUAAAGAUGAUAAUCUUGUUGGUGUGAUAACUGCUAGUUCUGUGUAUUUUUUUUAAUAACAUGGUCAUCAGCUCCUUUGAAGUGUACAUAAAAAAAAAAAAAAUAAAUAAAAGUCUAACAGAUGUUUGAAUCUGGUUCUUUAUUAAUGUAAUAUUGCAGAUGAGACCAUA